UCUAAUACCUGCUUAUUGUAUUUACUAUCUAAAUAAAUUCAACUUAUGUCGUAAAUCUCCCAUAUGCUAAAUUAUUCUGAUAUCUACAGUCAGGUCGUUUACCUCCCUGCCUAGUCUACCUACUACAUAUAUAGAGGAUCUUCAGGCAUUUUGUAUUAGUCAAUUAUGUAAUUUGUUACCCACAAGGUCGAUAUCGAACCUAUAUUAAAUGCAACGUUACAGUAUCUAAGUGGAUUAUUUUUAAAGGGUCUCAUUUGUAGCAGUGUUCCAAUGAAAAGCGUUCGUGUUUCAUAGAAGACGAAGAAAAAAAAAACUGAAAAUUAAUAUUCGAUAAUAACGUGAAGAAAUAUUUUUGUACGCCACAAUGCAGUGGCAGCCUGUCAACUUGACAGAAGCGUGUCCCGAGCACGCACACCACUUGUCAUCGUGUACACCCUUCGGGUUCAUAUUCCUGAACCUGGUGGUGCAGCUCUACGGAGGAUCGAGGGACAAGAGGAUCCAACAAGGGAUAGGACGCUGCUAUAAUGAAGAUUAUGAGAUCGAGAUGGAACCGAGAGAGGAGUACGACUUUAUAGUGGUGGGCGCCGGCUCCGCCGGGUGUGUCGUCGCUAAUCGAUUGUCUGCUGUCGAUGAUUGGAAGGUGCUACUAUUAGAAGCUGGAAUAGAACAGCCAGACGUGACCUUGGUGCCUGGGCUGGCGACGACACUUUUAGGGUCUAACAUAGACUGGAGUUACGCCACGGAACCUAACGGCAAGAGCUGUCUGGCGCGCCGAGGACAAUCCUGCGGAUGGCCCAGGGGCAAAGUAAUGGGUGGGUCGAGUUCCAUCAACUCUCUGGCAUACGUUCGUGGCAGCAAGGAGGACUACGACGAGUGGGCAGCCCUCGGUAACGACGGAUGGAGCUACAAAGAUGUGCUGCCAUAUUUUAAGAAAUCCGAGAGGAAUCUCAACAUAGAGGGGCUCAACCGAAAGUAUCAUGGCGUCGACGGAGAACAGUACAUUUCCAGAUACCCAAAUAUUGACAAACCAGCCAUUAUGAUGAUCGAUGCAUUCCACGAAGGAGGCGUGCCCCUUGGAGACUUCAAUGGAGCUCACAGUGACACCACGAUGUACUCGCAAUCUAUAUCUAAAGACGGAGUGCGAGUAUCUACGAAUAAUGCCUUCAUACAACCAAUCAGAUAUAAGCGAAAGAAUUUAACUGUCAAGUCUGAAGCCGAAGUAACUAAAGUCCUCAUAAACAAAAAAAAUGUAGCGUACGGUGUGAGGUACACACUGGACGGUAUGGUCCACACAGCCUAUGCAAAGAAAGAGGUCAUAGUGAGUGCCGGCAGUAUCAACUCUCCGAAGUUGCUCAUGUUGUCAGGUGUCGGUCCUAGGGAACACUUGGAAGAAUUAAACAUUCCUGUUAAGAAAGAUCUAGCUGUCGGAGAGAAUUUACACGACCACGUCACUUUCAAUGGUAUCCUAGUAGUCUUACCCAAUGGUACGGACACUCGAGUGAGUAACGAAGAGAUGCUAGAAGACCUGUAUGAGUACCGUCAGAUGGAACACAAGCACGGGCCGCUUUCAAGCAACGGUCCUAUUAGCGCUAUAGCAUUCAUAAAGACUGAGCCUGAUUUACCGGCACCUGAUAUUCAAUAUCAAAUAGAUCGUGGCUUCUUGAAAGAAUUCGUUCGUCAGCCAGCUCUCUAUGACGAGGUGGUAAUCUACCCUUCAUCGUACUACGAUUGUCUCAUUCCCAGGACAAUGAAUUUGGUUCCUAAGAGUAGGGGUAAACUGUUACUGAACCCGGACGAUCCGAAUGGCAAGCCUUUGAUAUACGCCAACUACUUUGAAGACCCGACUGAUAUUAUACCAAUAGUUAAAGGUGUCAAGUUCCUUAUCGGUUUGGAAAAAACGAGAGCGUUCAGGUCCAUGGGGGCGUAUUUCGAUAAGACACCGUUAAGGGCAUGCAAACAAUACCGGUGGGGUACUGAUAGUUAUAUCGAGUGUUUGGCGAGGUCUUACACGUCGACUACCUACCAUCCUGUAGGAACAUGCAAGAUGGGACCUUCAUGGGACGAGAAGGCAGUUGUGGACCCGCGACUAAAAGUGUACGGAAUAUCGAACUUGAGGGUAAUAGACUCCUCAAUAAUGCCCAUCGUGAACCGAGGUAACACGAACGCUCCUUCCAUCAUGAUAGGAGAGAGAGGCGUGGCCUUUGUACUAGAAGACUGGUUGAAAGAUCGUGACUGUGAUCGUUUUGAUUACGAUUAUGAUUAAAUACUUGUAGUACUAUUUUAUAUUUUUGUUGAUAUUAUAAACGACUUACUUCCACCUAUGA